GGAAAGACAGACGGGCGGGCCGGGCGGCGGGUGAGCCGCUGCGGGCCGAGCGGAACGAGCGGAGAGGCAGGAGAGGCAAGCAGGCGGCCGGCCAGUCGGGCACGUCUCGGGUUGUUGCAUUCGGCCUGGCCAUGGCAGCGGCACCCCUGAAAGUGUGCAUCGUGGGCUCUGGAAACUGGGGUUCCGCGGUUGCAAAAAUCAUUGGCCACAAUGUCCAGAAGCUGCAGAAGUUUGCCUCCACGGUCAAGAUGUGGGUCUUUGAAGAAACCGUGAAUGGGAGGAAACUGACAGACAUCAUAAAUCACGACCAUGAAAAUGUCAAAUAUCUCCCCGGCCACAAGCUGCCAGAAAACGUGGUCGCCGUCUCCAACCUCGGCGAGGCCGUGCAGGACGCGGACCUGCUGGUGUUCGUCAUCCCGCACCAGUUCAUCCACAGAAUCUGCGACGAGAUCACCGGCCGGGUGCCCAAGCAGGCGCUGGGCAUCACGCUCAUCAAGGGCAUCGACGAGGGCCCCGAGGGGCUGAAGCUCAUUUCCGACAUCAUCCGCGAGAAGAUGGGCAUUGAUAUCAGUGUGCUGAUGGGCGCCAACAUCGCCAGCGAGGUGGCUGCCGAGAAGUUCUGCGAGACCACCAUCGGCAGCAAAGUCAUGGAGAACGGUCUCCUCUUCAAAGAACUCCUACAGACCCCGAAUUUUCGAAUCACCGUGGUAGAUGAUGCAGACACUGUGGAACUUUGCGGCGCUCUGAAGAACAUUGUGGCCGUGGGAGCCGGCUUCUGCGACGGCCUGCGCUGCGGCGACAACACCAAAGCCGCCGUCAUCCGCCUGGGCCUCAUGGAGAUGAUUGCCUUCGCCAGGCUCUUCUGCAGGGGCCCGGUGGCCACUGCCACCUUCCUGGAGAGCUGCGGGGUGGCCGACCUCAUCACCACCUGCUAUGGAGGGAGGAACCGCAGGGUGGCCGAGGCCUUCGCCAGGACUGGGAAGACCCUGGAGGAAUUGGAGAAGGAGAUGCUGAAUGGGCAGAAGCUCCAGGGACCUCAGACGUCUGCUGAAGUGUACCGCAUCCUCCAGCAGAAGGGACUCACCGACAGGUUCCCGUUGUUCACUGCAGUCUAUCAGAUCUGCUAUGAAGGCAGACCGGUCCAGGAGAUGCUGUCCUGUCUUCAGAGCCAUCCAGAACAUAUCUAAAGCGAGUGGCGCCGCAGGGCCAGGCAAGCUCUGCCUUUCUCAUCGGCGCGGUGGGUUCCUGGGGCACCCAGGACUUGCUAGCAGGAAGCUUGUCUGACUGUCACCCCACUGUGGAUGCGUAUGAAUUCUGACAGGUUCAUUUUUUAAUUGUGACACAUGCAUUUUGCUGGCUGAGAUAGGCUGGGGGACCACUCAACACCUGCGUGGAGGUGGGUGGGUAGGUGGGCACAUUUCCCAAUCUGAGGCUGUUCCUCUGAAGCAAAUGAAAUGUCCUUUUAAAAAAUGACUUGGGACUUUCCCCCCACCGUGGCAGCCUAGGAGAUUGGGACUAUCUCAGCUGGGUUUCAUUUUGUUUUUUAGAUACCGUUUGUAUGUAUUUUCAUGAUGUGUUGAAUCAGCAUCAAACUGAGAGAGUGGUGAAGUGUAUUCAGGAAAUCAACCUAUCUAACUUGUGAUUACUCUGCAAGCCAGCAGAAUUAACUCCGUUGAUUGGGGAUUGAUUAAUCUUUUUUUACACAUUGAGCCGUUUUUAAUCAGAGCCUCCACGUCCCUACUCACUCCUGCCGAUGGGGCCCCCUGCGUUGUUGGCCUCUGUCUCUCUCCCUGGCAUGCUGGCACCGUGCUUUGUCCAGCUUGGCAGUGGUGAAAAGACAAGAAUAUCCACUGCGAUUUGCCUGCUGGGCCCCAGUUCCUGCCACUCACAUGGGACACGUGCGUGAUGCUCGGCUUCACUGCUGUCGUGUUUGCCAACGUUUCUCUUAGGCCUGGCAGGUCUCCCAAGCAGGGACUGCUGGUACCCUUCCUGUGAAGGUGUCUGGUGGCCUGGUGGCCUGGUGGCCUGGAAAAUGAUGGGCAGGGGCCCUCUGGGGAGCCACGGGCUGACCAUUCUCCAGCUAAGUGGAACCACACACAAAUUUUCCGGAACACCAGCUCCCCAUCCCCACCCAAGAGAGUGUACCCUGCAUCUGAGGGUUGCAUGGGUCCUUGUCCUGGACAGGUCCCCUCCCACGCGUGACCUGCAGGUCCAGCAGUAUCUGCCUCCUGUGGGUACUCAGGUUCCCAGAUUCCACCUAGCCCCGUGAAGCAGUGCGGUAUCUGAGCCCCCCACCAUUGCAUACGCAUCCUCCAGAUGUGUCUGCCACUCACCACUUCAAGUAAUCGCCCAAAACUCCUGUCCCUUGGGGAGUGCGCAGGGCAUCCCAUGGUUGUCCCAGUUGCGCCCUGGAAAAGGACAGGAGACUGUGGGAGAAGCGGCAUGUCCACCCCCUGUCUGAAGUGCAAGGGGCAUGUGAGUUCAUUGGAGAAACCAAUGAAACUUGCUUAACCCAGCAAGUUGUAUAUGCGUCCAAGGCGGAGCUGUGUGGGUGAUGGGUUUCCAGGGGGGCCCAUUCACAGCCCAGAGGAGCCUGGUUAGGAUGGGUCACUGCCUGAGAGGAGUCCUUGUGACCAACUGCCCGAGGGUCCCGUGGGCCUGGGACAACUCUGCCCUGAAGGCUCAGCUCAGCCUUGUCUGGCAUAACUUUUGGGUGGCACCGUGGCCCUCACCAGGCAGGUGUCCACCUCGCUGAAACGCACAACCUGUGGAAUAAGUGCUUUUAUUUCCAGAUGUUGAAUAGCACUGUCCAUGUCUUUUUAAGCUAGAUCCGGUUUCCGAAUAGCAUUGCCUUCCCUGGCGUGUGAGACUUGCAGGAGGGAAUGGCUGGCUGUCACUCGGGUGUGGCUUCUCACAUCCUGACUUGGUAACGACUGCAGCCUGCUCCUCCCCUACAACCUGGUUGGGAACUGGCUCUCUCCUCCCCUCCCCCUUCUGUACCUAAAACAAUUAGAGAUUUCUGUAGGGACUUUUAAAUACUAUAAAUAAAACAUCUGGGGCAUUCUACAGCGCUGGUCCACAGGCGUUGAUGGAAGCACACAGAAUGCUCCAAGAACCAGCAGUUUGGGUACCACGGCAAACUCUGGAAUCUCGCUUCUCUCACCAGGAAUCCUCUUUUUAAAGUCUGUACAUUGUCAGACAGUGAACUCUUUCCCAAUGCUAAAGGGUUGCAAGCCAGGUGUGGUGUCAGAUGGAGAACACGGCAUGAGGGGAGGGACUGGGGCUUCAUGGAUUUUGCACGUUUCCCCUGCCCCCAGCAUCCUCCUCCUCCAGUGAGUUUUAUUUGGUUGAUUUGCUUUUGUUACCCUCAACUCUGCUUGAUUGUGCCUCCUGGACACAUUUAAAAUGCAGCUGCACAUUAUAGGAAAAGGUGAAACUUUAUAUGAGUUUAUGCUCCGUUAGCUGUGGCUACGAUUACCACGAGUUAUCUAUUUUUGUAAUGCCCCACGGUCUGUUGUUUCCUUCCAUUGCCAUUCCCUACUAAUCAUGUGGAGGGAGGGAGAGGCCUCGGUCAGGACCUUCGUCUGGACUGCUUCAGCCAACCUGUGAAUGUAAGCACUCCACCACUGCCUUGUGAAUCCGCCCCACUCUGCUGCUACGGAGCCCAGGCCUGGCCUCACUGCCCCCGGGGAGCAGGGCUGCAGAUACCCUGCCUGUAUUGCAUUCAUUCACCCACCAGCUCCGCCGCGGCCUCAUGGUGUCAUCUGGAGGAGGAUGUGUGUGAUGGGGGGCGGUGCAUGUGCAAAGGCACUGUGGCCGUUCUGCUGAUACUGUUUGGGAGCCUUUCAAUUACAUAUGUACUGUAUGUGUUGACAGACUGUGGGUGAGUGCACCAUUUUGACAGCUUGAUUUAAUAAACUUGGAAGCCUC